CGGAGAGAGGUGAGUGCUUGAGGAGACACGCUUUGAUUUUGAGUCAACGUUAAUGAGGCGACAGACUGGAAACCCCUCUGAUGCCCCGGCACCCUCCUCAGUGCGGUAAGCAGCAGUGUGAUUGGACUGUGCACAGUCGGUUCAGUGUAAGAAACACUGUGGAGCAAUUACAGACUUGCAAGAAUUGCGGCUCGCACCGGGAACAGAUACGAGGAAUAUAGAGGCCAGAGAGACAGGAGGAGUUGGAGAGAGAGAGGGAACUCAGCGAGAGGCUGAGGGAAGUCUCCAGGGGAGAGGCUGAGACAAAGAUAAGCAGGCACUGGAGAGACAAGGAGCCGGAGAGAGCAGGCAGCCUCUGACUGGAAGCUCAGCGGAGUGAAUCUCCACCAGGGAUUCGGCGUGAGGGACAGAGUGUCGGGGAGAGAGGGGGCAUGAAGACCCGGAGGAGCUGCUGCUGCUGCUGCCUUGUGCUGCUGGUUGCGGCGGCGGUGGUGAGCAUCGUCAGCCUGGUGUUGGUGUGGAGACCCCGGUGCUCCGGCCACAGCCUGUACCCACACGCUGCUGUGGCGGCGGACUCACACACAUGCUCCGAGAUCGGCAGCAAGAUCCCAGACCCGGGGGACCGCACAGCAAGAUCCCAGCCCGGGGGGGCGCAGCAAGAUCCCAGACCCGGGGCCGCGCAGCAAGAUCCCAGACCCGGGGGGCGCGCAGCAAGAUCCCAGCCCCCAGCCCCGGGGGGGGCGCAGCAAGAUCCCAGACCCCAGCCCGGGGGCCGCGCAGCAAGAUCCCAGCCCGGGGGGGCGCAGCAAGAUCCCAGACCCCAGCCCCGGGGCCGCACAGCAAGAUCCCAGACCCCAGACCCGGGGGGCGCGCAGCAAGAUCCCAGCCCCAGCCCCGGGGCCGCACAGCAAGAUCCCAGACCCCAGACCCGGGGGGCGCGCAGCAAGAUCCCAGCCCCGGGGCCGCGCAGCAAGAUCCCAGACCCGGGGGGGCGCAGCAAGAUCCCAGCCCGGGGGGGCGCAGCAAGAUCCCAGCCCCCAGCCCCUGGGCCGCACAGCAAGAUCCCAGCCCGGGGGGGCGCGCAGCUAGAUCCCAGCCCCGGGGCCCGCACAGCAAGAUCCCAGCCCCGGGGGCCGCACAGCAAGAUCCCAGCCCCCAGCCCCGGGGGGCGCGCAGCAAGAUCCCAGCCCGGGGCCGCGCAGCAAGAUCCCAGACCCAGCCCCGGGGGGCCGCACAGCAAGAUCCCAGCCCCCAGCCCCGGGGCCGCGCAGCAAGAUCCCAGCCCCCAGCCCGGGGCCGCGCAGCAAGAUCCCAGCUCCCAGCCCGGGGCCGCGCAGCAAGAUCCCAGCCCCCAGCCCCCGGGGCCGCACAGCAAGAUCCCAGUCCCGGAGACCGUACAGCAAGAUCCCAUCCCCCAGCCCCGGGUCCGCAUAGCAAGAUCCCAGUCCCGGGUCCGCACAGGAAGAUCCCAGCCCCGGAGACCGUACAGCAACAUCCCAUCCCCCCGCUACGGGUCCGCGCAGCAAGAUCCCAUUCCCCAGCACAGAGUCUGCAGAGCAAGAUCCCAUCCCUCCGCCCCCGGGACCGCACAGCAGGACUCCAGGCCCUCUGUUAUUCACAGGAACCUGGCAAAUAAGUCGAAGGACUUUCGAAAAGCAGUUGCUGUACCAAAUGUCAUGAGAUCAUUCCUGGGGCCUCAGCUAAUAACAAUCUACAUUAGUAACUUGGAUGAAGAGACUGAGAAUAAUGCACCUAAGCUUGCUGACGAGACAAUGCUAGAUGGGAAAUGUAACUACUGUGUCAUCUCUCCCUCAGGUGAUGUGACAGUAAUUAAUGCCAGGGAGAUGGCCCCACAGAAGGUGAGGCCAGGCUUACUCAAUGGGUGUGGCCCUUAUCCAAAACCAGAUCCAGGUGGCCAAUGGGUUGCUGUUCCAGGCGAACUGAAAGGUUACUGGGAAGCCCACAAGAGAUUUGGAAAAUUAUCAUGGAAAGCCCUGUUUGAACCUUCAAUACAGCUUGCACAAAAAGGAUUCCAGACCCCAACAUUUCUAAAGAAGCUUUUAGAUAAUGGAUUCAUUCGCAGUAGACUAAACCAUUCAACACUGCGUUCACUGUUUUACAACCAUACUGGUCAUCCACGUGAGAUUGUGAAGAAUGAACAGCUUGCAAAAACACUGAAGAUUAUUGCGGAACAGGGGCCUGAUGCUCUCUACAAUGGCGUAAUUGGACAUGAUCUCAUUUUGGAUCUACAGGAAGAAGCUGCUAAUAAUUUAGAUGGCAUUUUAACGCUUAAAGAUUUGAAAGAAUACAAAGCUUCCAUUAUGGUACCACUGAAUGUUUCGGUGGGUGACUACGUGAUGUACUUCCCACCUCUGCCAUCCAAGGGAAUCAUUCUCUGCCUCAUCCUCAACAUACUGAAAGGUUUUAAAUUUUCUGUUGAGUCUAUGGAGGAAAAUCAAAGGGUCCAGACGUACCAUCGUAUCAUAGAAGCCUUAAAAUUUGGAAAUGGACUGCUAAGUAAACCGAUGGAUUCUAACUUCAACUCAAAUAUAUCUCUGCUGCUCUCAAAUGGGUUUGCUGAGUCUAUACGACGGCGUAUUGAUGAUCAAGCCCAUUCUCUGGAUUACUACAACACUGACCAUCAGGCACUCGACACGUACGGCACCAGUCACAUUUCAGUGCUAGACAGACAUGGCAAUGCGGUUUCUGUCACUAGCUCGAUCAAUCAUUUAUUUGGUAGCAUGAUCCUCUCCAAUCGUACAGGAAUUAUCUUGAAUAAUCAGUUGGCAGACUUUUGUGGCAGUUCACUUGUAAAUAUUGCAGGAACGCAGCCACCUUCUUCCAUGGCUCCAACCAUAUUAAUAUCACAAAACAAAAAAUCUAUCAUGACGGUGGGAAGUUCUGGUGGGAGUAUGAUUAUCAGUGCAAUUGCACAGAUCAUUAUGAACAAGUUAUGGUUUGGACUCAACAUGACAAAAGCAAUUGAGAAAGAAAGAUUAUAUGUGAAUUCACGUAAUGACUUACAGUUUGAAAAACAAUUUGAUAAGACUGUCAUUGAAGCGUUGAAGGAGAAGAACCAUGAUGUCAGUGACUCUGAGAUUAAGCUGCCAUCUGUUAUUCAAGGAAUAUUUAAAGAUCAAGUCUGCAUCGAAGCAGUGUCAGAUGACAGGAAAUUUGGAAAAUCUGCUGGCUACUAGCACUACAGGUCUGGAGGUCACCCCAGAUAAAGCUGAAGACUUCCGCUGACAACAAAGAUGUAGUGUUUGACUUUCUAUCCUAGCAUCUGUGCCAGACAGUGUGGGAAAGCGAGACUGCAUCUACCAUUUGGUCAGUAAGAUAAAAUGUCAACUUGCUCAGAAACGUGCAACGUUGAUCAUCUGGUAACCAGAACGCCUAGUGAAUCCUGAGCUUUUUGGACAAUGAAUUUGAAAUGAACCAAGCUGAAUUUUUAAUUGAGCAGGAGAAUCGACGUUUCGGGCAUGAGAAUUCCUGAAGAAGGUCUC